AUGACGGUCAUCAACAGAUUUCGGGCCCUGAGGCGCCACUCGACAGAGGAAACUGUGCCUGCCGUGACCAACACGACCGAGGAGCCCAAGCAAGACUCUGUCGCCGAUGGUACCGCUCCAGUCACUGCACCGGAGCAGGAGCAGCACGAUCCUUCGCGUCCCAGCGAGGAUCUGCAGCACGGUGUCAAGAAUAUCGAGGCUGUGACUUUGACUUGGACCAAGGCCACGCUGAUCGCAGUAUUCAUCAAUAUCUGGUUCCUGUACUUCGUCAAUGCCUUCCAAUCCGCGGUAUUCUGGACUCUAGUCCCCUACAUUACCAGUGAAUUCACUGCCCAUUCGCUUCUUAAUGUCAUCUACGUCGUUGGAGACUGCAUGUCUGCCGCGACUUAUAUCCCCUUGGCCCGGACCAUGGACACCUUCGGUCGUGCCGAAGGCUUUUUGGCCAUGUGCAUCUUCGCGACUCUGGGUUUGAUCAUGAUGGCUGCAUGCCACAAUCUUCCCACGUUCUGCGCUGCAUACGUCUUCUACAAUAUCGGUUUCAGCGGUAUGACUUACUCAAUCGAUGUCAUUACUGCCGACGCAUCCAAGUUGAAGAAUCGAGGCUUGGCCUUCGCCUUCACCUCCUCCCCAUACAUCAUCACCGCCUUCGCUGGUCCGAAGGUGGCCGAGGACUUCUAUGGAGACAUCAGCUGGCGCUGGGGCUUCGGCUGCUUCGCCAUCAUAUUCCCCAUUGUCGCCGCGCCUCUCUUCUGCAUGCUGAAGUGGAACACCCACAAGGCGAAGAAGCUGGGUCUCCUUGUCCGCGAGCCGAGCAACCGCACCUUCCUGCAAUCUAUCUUCCACUAUAACAAUGAGCUUGACCUGAUCGGCGUCAUCCUCUUCUCUGGCGGCCUAGUCGUCUUCCUCCUUCCGUUCUCGAUUGCGCCCGAGGCUCCGAAUGGCUGGGGCUCCGACUAUAUCAUCGCCAUGAUCGUGGUUGGCUUCGUCAUGCUCUUCGUCUUCAUCCUUCACGAGGCAUACACUGCGCCCCGACCCAUGCUGAACUGGAAGCUGCUUUCGGAUCGCACCGUGAUCGGCGCCUGCUUGUUGGAUGCCACCUACCAGCUCUGCUACUACUGCUGGAACGGCUACUUCACGUCCUUCCUGCGAGUCGUGAACGACAUCACCAUCGCAGAGUCCGGCUACGUCGCCAACACCUUCGAUGUCGUCUCUGGCGUGCUCCUCCUCGGCGUCGGCUUCCUGAUCCGCCGAACCGGUCGCUUCAAGUGGCUUUUGUACAUCGCUGUACCGCUGUACAUCUUCGCCCAAGGCCUGAUGAUCUACUUCCGUCGUCCCAACCAAUCCGUUGGCUACCUGGUGAUGUGCCAAGUCUUCAUUUCCAUCGGUGGAGCCGUCUUCAUUAUUUGCGAGCAGCUCGCUAUCCUCGCCGCCGUGGACCACCAGCACGUCGCGACCGUUCUGGCCCUACUGAACGUCGUCGGAACUGUCGGUGACGCCGCUGGCUCGACUAUUUGCGGUGUUAUCUGGCAGGCUACUUUCAAGAAGGCGCUGCAGAAUUACCUUCCUCAAAGUGCGAUGGAUAACUUCGAUCUUAUCUACGAUGAUGUCGAGACUCAGGUGCUUUAUGCCCCUGGCUCUCCUACCAGACUAGCUAUCCAGAAAGCGUAUGGAUAUGCGCAAACUCGCAUGCUUGCCGCUGGUACCUCGAUCAUGGUACUGGCUGUUCCUUGGACUAUGAUGAUUCGCAACAUUGACCUGAAGGCUGUCCAGCAGGUCAAGGGUACCGUAUUUUAA